CUAAAAAUACCUAGGAGGUAGUGCAUAUAUCAUGUUGCAGCUAAACCAGUGAGAUGUACUUCAUGUGAGCAAUAAAACCUUUGCUUUUUUUUGCAGUUUAGUCUGCAAAAUCUAAAAACCCCAAAGGAUGGGGGAAACCAGUGUAGCUGGAGCAAAAAUGACAGACUCUCCAGGUGGAAAUACAGCAAUUAAGAAUGAAAAAAAGACAGAGGGAAACUCUUUCUUUAGCUGGCUGUUGGUGCUGGCUUUGCUGGGGGCUUGGCUGUCUGUGGGUGUUGUGUGGUUUGACCUUGUUGACUACAACAGUGUGGUUGGUGCUCUUGAAGGAAUAUAUGAUGCUGAUGGCGAUGGAGACUCUGAUGUAGAAGAUGCCAAAGUUUUGUUGGAGAUUGCUAAUAAAGAAAAAACCUCACAAAGAAAAAAUAUCACAAUAGAGGGAGACCGUAUCCAAGCAGGCCAUUCCAAGCAUACAUAUGAGAGCCCUAAAGAAGUGGGGCAUAAAACAGACAGAGAACAUCCUACCAGGGAUAUUGGCCAAAAGCUGAAAGCAGCUCUAAAGGAGCAGCUACAAAUUAUUCAUGAGAAGAUUGAAGUCAAAAAGAUUGCCAAACUAGCCCUUGCUGAGGUCCGUAGUGUUUUGGCUCAAGAUAAAGAGGACAGACAAGCUGCUAUUCCAGCCAAAAAAGGCAAAGAAGAGGCAGAAGUUAAGCUUCAAGAAGAACGAAUACAAAGAGAACGGGAGGAGAAACUAGCCAAGGGGAAAGCAGAUAGAGAAAGAGUGGAACAAGAAAAACUGUCCAAAGAAAAAGUAGUAAAAGAAAGGAUGGAGAAAGACAAAUCAGAAAAGGAAAGACUGGCUAAAGAAAAAGCAAAAAAGGAAAAACUCGCUAAAGAAAAAUCAGAGAAAGAAAAACUGGAAAAAGAGAGGGCAGAAAAGUUAAAACAUGAAAAAGAAAAGGCAAAAAAAGAAAAAAUGUCUAAGGAAAAAGUAGAACAGGAAAGACUGGAGAGCAAGAGAUCAGAUAAAGAAAGAAUGACCAAAGAAAAAGCAGAAAUAGAAAGAUUGGCUAAAGAAAAGUUGGGAAAAGAAAGACUUGCUAAAGAAAAAGCAGAAAAAGGAAGACUGGCCAAAGAAAAGGUGGGAAAAGAGAGGCUGGCCAAAGAAAAAUCAGAAAAAGAAAGAUUGGCUAAAGAAAAGUUGGGAAAAGAAAGACUUGCUAAAGAAAAGGCAGAAAAAGAAAGAUUGGUUAAAGAAAAGUUGGGAAAAGAAAGACUUGCUAAAGAAAAAGCAGAAAAAGGAAGACUGGCCAAAGAAAAGGUGGGAAAAGAAAAGCUGGCCAAAGAAAAAUCUGAAAAAGAGAGAUUCGCUAAAGAAAAAGCAGAAAAAGAAAGAUUGGCUAAAGAAAAGGUGGGAAAAGAAAGACUUAAGAAAGAGAGAGUGGAAAAGGAAAGACUGGUCAAACAAAAGGAAGAAAGGGGAAAUCUGGAGAAAGAGAAACUUAAAGUAAAAGAGAGUGCAUCAAAGGGGAAAACCAAGAAAGAAGUAAAGAAGAAUAUGAAAACUGCGAAAAAUUACAAAGUAGAAAAAGAGGCAAAAUAUAAAUAAGGCUCAUGGAAAAUGAAAAAGUAUCAGCUGAUGAAAAAAAAAUACCAAAGAAGAGAAAAUAUCUACUCGUGGUUUACUUAAAUCUUCAUGGAAAUAAAUAAAUAAAUAAAUAUUUUAA